AUGCUUCUCACUUCUAAGAUGAACAGAACGUUGCCCCAGCUAAACUCUUCAGGAAACAGUGACAGCAGCAGUUGGCACCUGGUGUCUAUCAUCAUUCCCCUAGUGUAUUCUCUGAUUUUCUUGAUAGGCACAGUGGGCAACUCUCUGGUGCUGGCAGUGCUGUUGAGGAACAGGCAAGUCAACAAUACCACCAAUCUCUUCAUCCUCAAUCUGGGAGUGGCUGACCUGUGCUUCAUUGUCUUUUGUGUGCCCUUCCAGGCCACCAUCUACACCCUGGAUGACUGGAUCUUUGGGCCCCUCAUGUGCAAAGCAGUGCAUUUCUUCAUCUACCUGACUAUGUAUGCCAGCAGCUUCACACUCACAACUGUAUCCCUAGACAGGUAUUUGGCCAUAAGGUACCCUUUGCAUUCAAGAGAACUAAGAACCCCCAGGAAUGCUCUCACAGCUAUUUGUCUCAUCUGGGGUCUUUCCUUCAUCUUCUCUGGCCCUUACAUCAGUUACUACCAGGAAUUUCAGGUGGCCAAUGUUACUGUCUGCCAUCCCAUAUGGAAAAUCCCUCAGCGCAAAGUUAUGGACCUCUGCACUUUUGUCUUCAGCUAUGUCAUUCCUGUGUUGAUCCUGAGCCUUACCUACCUGAGGACCAUCCGUUAUCUCUGGACAUCUGUGGACCCCAUUAAGGACAUGUCUGAUUCCAAGAAAGGCAAGCACAAGGUCACUCGGAUGAUCAUAAUUGUGGCUGUUCUCUUCUGCCUUUGCUGGCUACCCCAUCACUUGGUCAUCCUAUUUUUUUGGUUUGGCUAUUUCCCACUGAACAAUGCAACCUAUGUGCUUAGGAUUCUCUCCCACCUGAUUUCAUAUGCCAACUCCUGUGUCAACCCCAUCGUCUAUGCUCUGGUAUCCAAGCAUUUCCGUAAGGGAUUCAAGAAGAUCUUCAGUUGCCUCUUGCACAAAAGAGUGGCCAACAAGGUCCAUGUAGCACAGGUAACCCACACAGUCAGUACCUUGGAAGCAGACCUGACAGAGGUGAUACAUGUGAGCGAACCCACACAUGCCAGGGCCUCCAGCUGCUGUCAAAUCCCUAUCCAGACAUGGAGUGAGUCAGAGCAGCGGAGUCGUCAAGAGAAAGUUGCCAACUCAUUCAUCACUUUCAAUGUCACUUAGAAUAAUGCCUUUUUUUCUAGGCAGAGGGCUCUAGCCAAAGGAUUAAUGCCUUGAGCACAAUGAUUGUUUAACUUAAGGAUGUAUGGUUUUAAGAACGUAAGAUGAGAUUUAAAAACACAAGAACUAGCAGGUGGCUCAAGCCAAUGAUCUCUGUAUUUUAGUGUUCAUUACUCCCCUGUCUGCCAGAAGCCAGUGUACUGUAGAAGGCUCAACAAGGCAAAGCUCACAGCACACUGAGUGUGAGGUAGCAUUACUGCAGAGAACAGGACCAGAAGUCCCCCCCCCUGUUUUGUUGCACUUUUGGCGGUGGCUUCAGUUGAAGAGGUUGGCUGACUAAGCAAUCACUGAAUUGUGAAUCUGGACUCACCAGUGCAUUAUAGGAGCCCUGGGGAUUGGACCUCUGUGGCCCAAGGGAUGAAGAGGGAGGAGGGCAACUACACCAGAGAAUGGGACUGACUGGUUGAUUGUGUCAAGGACUUUUGAGUUUUGAGUCAAGAACCUCAGAAUCUCUGACUAGGCUAAGUGGACUACCAUGGACUUUCUGUGCUCAGUCCUCAGAGCCUCCUGUAGGUACAGUAGGGAAUAAGUACAUUCAACAUCAACCCCUUCACUUGCAGCCAGUGUGACUCCUCUAGAUUGGAUAGGCGCGCA